CUGGUAUCUUAUUUGAACAAAAAAUGCCUUUAAUGUUUAAAUAAUUGAUUGUUUUCGCAGACCGGCAGAAAAACAAGCAAGCUUCGGUUCAUCAGACCGGACAGAAAAAGCGGUUGCACUUUCCGCUCAGCGCAAGGCUUCCCCGGAUGUGUCUCACUUGAAUGGGCCCGCUAGCUCAGCUCUUCGUUUAACCUCCCGCCGCCAGACGGAAUAGACGCUGAAAGAAAGCGCCCUGUUGUUUUGUUUCGCGCUCAUCUCUUCUGUUUUUUCGCCCUUCCUUCUCACAGUGAAAUAUAUUAAAAUAUGUCUCGGAGACGACACAGCGACUCUUAUGACGGAGGCCAGGAUCACAAGAGGAGGCGCACAUCCGAGCCGACAAAGAUUGAAGAUAGUCUGGAGUCACUGAUAUGUAAUGUGGGAGAAAAGAGCAAGUCAUCUUUGGAGAGCAACCUGGAGGGCCUUGCGGGUGUGUUGGAGGCGGACCUUCCCAACUACAAGAACAAAAUCCUGCGCAUCUUGUGUUCCGUGGCCCGGCUCCUCCCAGAGAAGCUCACCGUCUACACGACGCUGGUGGGCCUCCUCAAUGCCAGGAACUACAACUUUGGCGGAGAGUUUGUGGAGGCCAUGAUCAGGCAGCUGAAAGAGACGCUGAAGAACAACUUGUACAAUGAAGCGGUCUACUUGGUGCGUUUUCUGUCCGAUUUGGUCAACUGCCACGUGAUUGCCGCUCCCUCCAUGGUGGCUAUGUUUGAGAACUUUGUUAGCGUGACACAGGAGGAAGAUGUACCACAGGUUCGGUCGGAUUGGUUUGUAUAUGUGGUGCUGUCCUGCCUGCCCUGGGUUGGCAAGGAGCUUUAUGAGAAGAAGGAUGUCGAAAUGGACCGACUCCUCAGUCAGAUUGAAGGCUACCUCAAGAGGCGAGUAAAGACUCACCUCCCCAUGCUGCAGGUGUGGACUGCAGAGAAGCCCCACCCUCAGGAGGAGUACCUGGACUGCCUUUGGGCUCAGAUCCAGAAGCUGAAAAAGGACCGUUGGCAGGAGCGCCACAUCCUGCGUCCGUACAUCGCCUUCGACAGCGUGCUGUGCGAAGCCCUCCAGCACAACCUGCCUCCCUUCACCCCGCCGGGCCACAUGCCCGACGCACAGUACCCCAUGCCCCGCGUCAUCUUCCGAAUGUUUGACUACACAGACGCCCCCGAGGGUCCGGUCAUGCCCGGCAGCCAUUCUGUCGAGAGGUUUGUCAUUGAAGAAAACUUGCACUGCAUCAUGAAGACUCACUGGAGAGAGCGGAGAACAUGUGCCGCCCAGUUGCUCAGCUACCCCGGUAAAAACAAGAUCCCGCUCAACUAUCACAUUGUGGAGGUAAUUUUUGGAGAACUUUUCCAGUUGCCCUCAGCGCCUCACAUUGAGGUCAUGUACACAUCGCUGCUGAUUGAAUUGUGCAAACUGCAGCCCGGCUCGCUACCACAAGUUCUGGCCCAAGCCACCGAGAUGCUCUACAUGCGCCUGGACACCAUGAACACGACCUGCAUCGACAGACUCAUCAACUGGUUCUCCCACCACCUGAGCAACUUCCAGUUCCGGUGGAGCUGGGACGACUGGGCUGACUGUUUGACGGUGGAUUUGGAGAAGCCAAAACCCAAAUUUGUCAAAGAGGUUCUGGAAAAGUCUAUGAGGUUGUCCUACCACCAGAGGAUAGUGGACAUUGUCCCGCCCACCUUCGCAGCGCUCAUCCCAGCCGAGCCCAUCUUCAUUUACAGAUACGCAGACGAAAGCGCUUCUUCGUUGCCGGGUUACGCCAUCUCCAUCACUGUCGGCAACGCCAUCAAGAACCGAGCGUCCAACGACGAGAUCCUGACCAUCCUCAAAGACAUGCCCAACCCGAACCAGGACGACGACGACGACGAAGGGGAGAGCUUCAACCCUUUGAAGGUGGAGGUCUUCUUGCAGACGCUUCUUCACCUGGCAGCAAAGUCCUUCAGCCACUCAUUCAGCGCCCUUGGCAAGUUCCACGAGAUCCUGAAGAACCUGACAGACAGUGAUGAGGGCAAGCUGCACAUCCUCAAGGUGGUCUAUGAGGUGUGGAGGAACCAUCCACAGAUGAUUGCCGUCUUGGUGGACAAAAUGAUCCGUACGCAGAUUGUGGACUGCGCCGCCGUGGCCAACUGGCUCUUCUCUCAGGACAUGGCUCACGAGUUCACCAGACUUUACAUUUGGGAAAUCCUGCACUCCACCAUCCGGAAGAUGAACAAGCAUGUUCAGAAGAUCCAGAAGGAGCUGGAGGAGGCCAAGGACAAGCUGGAGAAACAGCAACAUAAGAGGAGGGACAGCGGCGACGACGAGGACAUGGAGAAGAACAGCGAAGACGAGGAGGGUCAGCUGGAGGAGCAGAUUGAGAGGCUACAGGAAAAGGUGGAGUCGGCUCAGAGCGAACAGAAGAACCUUUUCCUCGUCAUCUUUCAGCGUUUCAUCAUGCUGUUAACGGAGCAUCUCGUCCGAUGCGAGACAGGUAGCGGCAACAUCAGCACGCCGUGGUACAAAAACUGUGUGGAAAGACUGCAGCAGAUCUUCCUCAUGCACCAUGUGACCAUCCAACAGUACAUGGGAACACUGGAGAACCUGCUGUUCACAGCCGAGCUGGACCACCACAUCCUGGCUGUCUACCAGCAGUUUUGCGCCCUUCAGCUCUAAAAGGAACAAAAAAAAAUGUCCCAUAGCACCUUGGCUCUUGCAUCAAGAAUCUCCUACAUUACAUUGGACGUGUGCCAGCUAGGCAGAGGAAAUCGAUCAGCAGUCGGCUCAUUAAUUUACUGUUUUGUUUUAUUAUUUGUUGUUUCAUCAUGGUUUUUUUUUUAACAUGGUCUGUGUUUUCAGAGAACACAUUUUUUUAUUUGUUUUAUGUGGAAUUGGAGAGGAAUUAAAACAAAGUCCUUUAA